GGGGGGGAUCAGAGCCUCCCGGAGCGCGUCACUCUGUCGGGCUGCGGUGCUCCUUGGGGUCCCAGCGGCGUCCGUCUUCGUGCGGCCCAUCUUCCCUUCGGCAGCCGCGGCGUCAUGGCUGUGCCGGUCGCUCUCCUGUCGUUGUUGGUGGCGGGUGCUUUAGGGAAUGAAUUUAGCAUAUUAAGAUCACCAGGGUCUGUUGUUUUCCGAAAUGGAAAUUGGCCUAUACCCGGAGAUCGAAUACCAGAUGUGGCUGCACUGUCCAUGGGCUUCUCUGUAAAGGAAGACCUAUCUUGGCCAGGGCUUGCCGUGGGUAACCUGUUCCACCGGCCACGGGCUACCAUUAUGGUGAUGGUGAAGGGAGUGGACAAACUGGCUCUCCCCACUGGCAGUGUCAUCUCCUACCCUUUGGAGAAUGCGGUCCCUUUUAGUCUUGACAGUGUUGCAAAUUCCAUUCACUCCUUAUUUUCUGAGGAAACUCCUGUCGUUUUACAGUUGGCUCCCAGUGAGGAGAGAGUGUAUAUGGUGGGGAAAGCAAAUUCCGUUUUUGAAGACCUUUCAGUCACAUUACGGCAGCUUCGUAAUCGCCUGUUCCAAGAAAACUCCGUUCUCAACUCACUUCCUCUCAAUUCCCUAAGUAGGAAUAAUGAAGUUGACCUGCUCUUUCUUUCUGAACUGCAAGUGCUGCAUGAUAUCUCGAGUUUGCUGUCUCGACAUAAGCAUCUGGCCAAGGAUCAUUCUCCUGACUUGUAUUCACUGGAGCUGGCAGGUUUGGAUGAACUGGGGAAGCGUUAUGGGGAAGACUCUGAACAAUUCAGGGAUGCUUCUAGGAUUCUGGUCGAUGCCCUCCAAAAGUUUGCAGAUGACAUGUACAGUCUAUAUGGUGGAAACGCAGUAGUCGAGUUAGUGACUGUCAAGUCAUUCGACACAUCCCUUGUGAGGAAGUCAAGGACCAUCCUUGAGUCAAAACAAGAGACCGCUGCAACACCCUAUAACCUUGCAUAUAAGUAUAACUUGGAAUAUUCAGUGGUUUUCAACUUGGUGCUGUGGAUUAUGGUCACCUUAGCCUUGGCUGUGAUUGUCACCUCUUACAGUUUUUGGAAUAUGGAUCCUGGAUACGAUAGCAUCAUUUAUAGGAUGACAAACCAAAAGAUUCGAAUGGAUUGAAUUUUCCUUAUGCUAGACUUAAACAUCAGGUUUGGUGAUUGGCUGUUUUGUUCAAGUAUAUCUUUUCAAUAUGGUUUAAAGUAGACAGUAUACCUUAAAUUUAUUAAAAAAAAAAAACAUAGAUUUUGUUCUCUAUUUUGUGUGUGCCCGUGGUUUCUUUAGAGUAUAUGUUAACAAAAUGAAUUGUGGUAUAGAUUCCAUAAUAUGCUCCAAUAUUGUUGACAUAGCCAUUUAAUGUAAUUUCAUUCCAUUUAAUAUAUUUGGAAACCUGCACUGGAAGAAAUGUAAACCACUUAGAAUAGUUGUAUUGUUCAUAUUGGAGAAUGCACUGGGUUUUCUUAGAGAAGCUUUCAAAUGCUUGAGUUCCUUGCACAGGCUAGAUAAGUCCUAGUUGAGCUGUUAUUCACUAUGAACCAUUUGUAAAUGUCUAAAUCUGAUGUAAAUAUCUCUGAGACAGGAGGAAAGAUUUUAACUAAGAGCAGCCCAAAAAUACUGCAUAUGCUUAUACAAUCGCUUAGUUCUGGAAAUGUACAUCAUUGGUAGGCUAGCUGUUUUUAAUCUCUUCUGCAAGUUUGCUAAUCGUGUGGUUUAGUAGAGAUAUUAGAAAUAUUUAAAAUACUAUGUUGGUUUCAGAAGAGACAAGCUUUGUGGAGUAUAAAUGCCUGUGAUUAGAUCUAUAAAAACAAAUCUGUGGGGGAUAUCUUGAAGCAUGAAUAUAAAAUAUGUGUAUUUCCAUAACUUUCUCCCUGUGAAGUUACUCUGGCUUGUGUGUGGUACAGCUUCAUUUUGUAGACUAUUACACGGAAGUGGAUGGUUGCUAUUGUUCAUGUGGAAAUGGACCAAUAUCUAUACAGAAUGACAAAUAAAGUUAAUAAUUCAAACUCUGUGUCAUUGCAACUCUAAAUGUAUGUUAUAAAAAACUAAUUAAACAGGCCGUUAUUUCACCAGGA